AUGGUGGCGGAUUCGGAGUACGGUAACGGCAACGGCUCAACCGCCGCCACCGGAGGGGGAACGGUGUCAGGGGGAGGCUUGGGCAGCGGCAGCGGCGGCAUGAGCAAGUCCAAUAACAAGCGGAGCCGAUGCGACUUAGAGCCGUCAGGCGUGGAGGCGGUGGCGGUGGCGCUAUUGAAGGGCCAGGGCCCGCAGCAGUCAGCUCCCACGUCCCUGUUCGCCACGAAUCCCCCCGGCGCCGGUGGCGCCAGCGGCGGCGGCGGCGGCGGCGGCAGCAGCAGCGGCCUGACCAAUUACGACGCCGCAGGGAAUCUGCUGCCUGCCGGCAUUACGCGGCCGCUGCCGCAGCACUUGGGCGGCACCACGGCUGCGUUGCUCAGCGAGAUGGCGGGGCAGCUUGGCCGAAUAUCGGCACUGGCGCGGGAGGUCGAGGGCCUGAAGGAGGAGAACACCGCGUUGAAGCGCUCCAUGGAGGCUCUCACAGAAGCGUACGGAAAUGUACGAUUGCUCGGAGGCGACGGCGGCGGCUGCGGCGGCGGCAGCGGUCCUGUGGGGGCGACGCCGUCCGGCCCAGCCGGCGACGUGACGGGGGAUGGGCUGGCAGGCGGCGACGGUGUGGGAUUUCUUCCUUACGAUGGGGAUGGAGUGGCUGAUGGCGGCGCUGCCGCCAGCGGUGCCAGUGAGGGUGCGGCUGGCGGCAGCACCGGCAGCGGCCCGCUGGAGGGCACCAGUGCCGCAGGUGCUGCCGGCACGGGCGCUGCCGCGGCGGGGGCGGCGCCGACGGCAGGUCCCGUCGCCAACGUGAUGCCGCUGUCUCAGGCGGUGGAGGUGCAGCAGAAGCGGAUUUGGGAUCAGAAGCUGCGUCACGACGACUUGGAGAAGCAGCUGCAAGCCCAGCGGGAGGUUAGCGCCGUGCAAGCCGCCAAGACGGCUGCGCUGGAGGCGGCGCUGGCGGCCAAUACCGCCAAGGCGGUUCACGACGCCGCCAUGUUCGGUCGGGUGCUGGAGGAGCGAGUGACGGCACAGAGCGAGGUGGUGCGGGACCGCCUGGAAGCCCAGGAGCGAGCCAACAAGGUGGCACAGGACGUGAAUCAGCGGCUGGAGGCGCGAGUGGCGGAGCUGGAGGCGCAGCUCAGCGGCGGGAUUCAGCGUCGCGUUACCCCGGUGCCGCAGUUGGGCCAUCAGAGGGCGACAAGCAACCUGUUUGGUAUGUGUAUGGUAGUGAUAUCCACAGUUGACCCCCCGGUCAGUGUUGUCGGGCCCCCCCACUUCUGGAUGGUGCGGCCGCUGCUAACGUCCCCGCCGGCCGAGGAGAUUCCGGGAUCAAAUCGUGCCAUCAGCGCCUCAUCUUGCAUGGUCACGCGCUGGGCCAGGAUACGGGUGGAGGCGCGGCUUUGGUCGCCGCCUCCAGUACCGUCAAAUCUCCCGGUCAACAACUGCAACAACAACAACAACAACAACAACCUCAAUCCCUGCAACCGCCAACCGCCCCUGGACUGGCCUGAUGCAGCGGCGCUGGGCGUACGGGCGAUCCACCAUCAGGGAGCGGGCGCACAGGUUCCGGCCCAUGGGUCGGUCGCCAUCGCGGAUGGCAGCGGCGACCUUGCCGCGGCGCCGGGGGUCCCCGACGGGGAGCUCGGGGCUCCGGGCCUUCAGCAACGGCUGAUGCUGGCGUUCAGCCCUGAGGCGGAGCUGUAUGCUAAGUCGAUAGAGGACCGUCUGUGGGGUACUGUGGAGCAGAUAGUGAACAGCGCGGAUAGCCCGGCGGACGGGGCGAGCGUCGGCCGGGCCACGAGGGCGGGGCCCGAGGUGGCCGCUGCCAAGGCGGGAAUGUUCCACGAUCCGUACGGCACAGGCGCGAAUGAUGGCGGAGGUCACUACAAUGGCACACAGGCAUUUUCGGAACACAAUGCAGUUCGGUGGGAAGCCGCUGAGGGGGCGAACUCCAGGGAAGGCAGCGGAUCCUGUCCGCCGCCGCCAGUGCCGCCGCCGGUGCCAUUGCCCAUGCCGCCAUCUGUUGGCUGCGGUGGCAGCGGUGUUGUCGUCAACCAGCAUGCGUCGGAAGCAGCUGCAGCGGCGGUUGUGGUAUCGCGUGCAGCGGUCGCAACGACGACAGGGACGGCUACUGUCGCUGCGGCUGCAGCGGCGGGCGAGGUCGUUGACGGAGAGCACAGUGGUGUCGCAGCACCGCAGUGGAAUGAGCAUGCGGAUUCGGAUCAUAUGGAUAUGGGCGUCUAAAGGCCUCUUGACGGUUGCCUCACGCGCUCCAACGGCCUGCUUGAAGGCAACACUGCCCGGGAUGGCACGGAUGCACCGCAGGAGCUGUAGGAGGUAUCCAUCUGCAUGAGGAGCAAGCAGAGCUUUCGCAUUUCAGCUUCCGUACUACCGGUACAGGCAUAUGAUACUACCGGGACAAGGAUUUCCGCUUAUCGCGGCAUAACACACCCACCAGCUCUGGCCCACUGUCUCGUGCUAUGUGGCAACAACCUCCGCUUUGUAGGGUUUGGGAGGUCCGAGGGGCCAAUCCAGCCGCUAGAGCCCCUCUCCACA